AAAAAAAAAGGAAGGAAGGAAAUCAGACAUUCAGCCUCUGAAGUGGUGAAAAAUGGACUAUGACUUUAAACUGAAGCUGACCGGUGAACGAGAACGUGUCGAGGACCUGUUUGAGUACGAAGGAUGCAAAGUGGGAAGAGGCACCUACGGUCAUGUGUACAAGGCGAAGAGAAAAGAUGGGAAGGAUGAUAAAGACUACGCUCUCAAGCAGAUAGAAGGCACUGGCAUCUCCAUGUCAGCCUGCAGAGAGAUUGCACUGCUGCGGGAGCUGAAGCACCCCAAUGUCAUCUCCCUGCAGAAGGUUUUCCUGUCACACGCGGACCGUAAAGUAUGGCUGCUCUUUGACUAUGCGGAGCAUGAUCUCUGGCACAUUAUAAAGUUUCACAGAGCAUCCAAGGCCAACAAGAAGCCGCUUCAGCUUCCUAGAGGAAUGGUGAAGUCUCUGCUUUACCAGAUUCUGGAUGGCAUCCAUUACCUCCAUGCCAACUGGGUCCUACACAGAGACCUUAAACCUGCUAACAUUUUAGUGAUGGGGGAAGGGCCUGAGAGAGGCAGAGUAAAGAUCGCCGAUAUGGGGUUUGCUCGUCUUUUCAAUUCACCGCUGAAGCCUUUAGCCGACCUCGACCCCGUGGUAGUCACUUUCUGGUACAGAGCACCUGAACUGCUGCUGGGGGCUCGGCACUACACCAAAGCCAUCGAUAUUUGGGCAAUUGGCUGCAUUUUCGCGGAGCUGCUGACAUCCGAACCCAUAUUCCACUGUCGGCAGGAGGACAUCAAGACUAGCAACCCCUACCACCAUGACCAACUGGACCGUAUCUUUAAUGUCAUGGGCUUUCCUGCUGAUAAAGAUUGGGAAGACAUCAAGAAGAUGCCAGAGCACUCCACGCUCAUGAAAGACUUUAGGAGGAACACAUACACAAACUGCAGCCUUAUAAAGUACAUGGAAAAACAUAAAGUCAAACCAGACAGUAAAGCAUUCCACUUGCUCCAAAAGCUUUUGACCAUGGACCCCAUCCGUAGAAUUACAUCUGAGCAGGCAAUGCAGGACCCUUACUUUUUCGAGGAACCCUUACCCACAUCAGAUGUGUUUGCAGGAUGUCAGAUUCCUUAUCCCAAGAGGGAAUUCCUGACAGAAGAGGAGCCAGAAGACAAAGCAGACAAAAAAAACCAGCAGCAGCAACAAGGAAACAACCACACAAACGGGGCAGGGCACACGGGCAACCCAGAAAACAGCCACGCACAGGGCCCUCCUCUGAAGAAAGUGCGAGUUGUCCCGCCCACCACUACCUCAGGUGGCCUCAUUAUCCCCCCAGACUACCAGCGCCAGAAUCAGCAUGCUGCCUACCAGAACCCUGGACCAAGCACAUCACUGCCCCAAAGCAGCAUGGGAUACUCCUCUACCUCCCAACAGCCGCCCCAGUACUCCCAACACCCUCGCUACUGAAACCCCCACUUCCAAACAAGCAAACACUUACAUACUCACACAUAUUCCUACACAAGUGUACACAUAGCCCUCACCACACCCAGCUGAAUGAAUGUACUGAGGGACGUGGGGAAGUUCGAGGCGGCAAACCUUCUCACUCAUCAUCUUGCCUCACAGAGGGCACCUUCUCUGCAGCAGUCUGUUGACCACACACCACAAUCCCAGUGUUAGAAACCCAGCAUAGAGCAAAGCCUGAUCAGUGGAAGACAAGGUGGGAGGAUGACAAGAACGAAUAAAAGCUUGAUUUCCACCUGUUUGCAUUACUUGGACGUAAUUAAUUUAAAGAUGACAGCUCGGUUUGAACAGCACAUAUAAAUGUCUCCUCCCUCCUCUGCUUCACUUGAUUUUAUUUUUUUUUUUUUCUAUUUACGCCUGAACUCCAAUCAUCUUUCCAUCAGAACCUGGAUGCGACCGAAAGCUGCUAUGUGACUGCCAGCGUUGACAGAUUCCCAGUCCGUCUGUCCUCCUGUCCGUUUGAUUUUUGCUUGUACGGUCCUGUAAGGGCCUCAGCUUAGGACUGAACUGAGCUGCUGUGAAUCCUGCUUGGAGGAUGUGGAGACGCCACAGCUGUGGUGUCCAGUUUUUUCCAGACAAGACAAAAAAGAAAAAAAAAAGAUUUUAGUAGUUUAUAAUUUAAUCCAUUUUCAUGGUUUUGUUUUGAUGGCAAAAGUGGAAUAGCAGCUCGCGUGAGCUGAGCACUUUGCUUCUGCCGUACGCAGUGGGGGAGUCUUACAAUAUGAUGACAGAACCAAGCAAUCGCAUUGAGGAUGGCAGAUGGAACCUGCAUUGUACUGUAUUGUAUUGAAAUAUUUUACAUGGAGCAAGUAUCCUGACAAUAAAAAUCGAAAAAUUCA